CUCUAGCAAAUUCAAUGGAGAGGAAUGACUACAAGAAAGGUCUAUGGACACAUGAGGAAGAUCGGAUUCUCAUCGAGCACAUAAAGAUCCAUGGAAAAGGUCGAUGGAAUCGAAUUGCCAAGAUGACAGGUUUGAAAAGGUGUGGGAAGAGUUGCAGGUUGAGGUGGAUGAAUUAUCUAAGCCCCGGUAUAAAGCGUGGGAAAUUUUCCAAGGAAGAAGAUGAUCUCAUCAUACGUCUCCAUAAUCUACUUGGAAACAGGUGGUCCCUCAUCGCGGGCCGGGUUCCCGGCCGGACGGACAACCAGGUGAAGAACUAUUGGAACAGUCAUUUAAGCAAGAGAGUGGGAACUGAGAGGAAUAAGGGCAAUACAGUAUCCUCCUCACUAACACUACUCUCUAUGGAAGGUGGAGAAGAAGGUGAUUUGAUUUCUCAGCUAUCAAGCAACGGUGGAAGAGGUGGGGUAUGUGGGUCCCACGUGAAGGAGGGCCAUCAGAUGUCAAUAAUGAGUUGUGCCCCACCAGAAGAACAUGAAACGAGUGAGUGUGUUGUGAGUUCUUAUUGGUUUUCUGGUGAUGAUUUUCUAGGCUUAAAUGCCCCAAGUUUGAUGGAUCUUUUAGAUGGGUCCGAUCUUCAUGUACCCUGGGAGAAAUUCUGACCGUUGAUUUUAGUAUGUACAAAACCCUUGAAAUUAAUUAGAUGGGUCCCAUCUUAUAUA